AUGGAAGCAACAGAAAACUUUUUCAAGGAAAAUGUCACAAUUAUCCAAGAGAAAGGACACUAUGCUCGUGACUGUCCAAACAAGAAAACUAAGAAUGGUACAAACAGAAACACUCAAGCGGAUUGUGCCGAAGGACAAGAUGACGAAGUGCAUGAGGAUGAAGCCUUGAUAAGCAAUGGAUCUGAACAUAUUGCAAGAUCAGACUGGAUCAUAGAUUCUGGUGCUACCCAGCAUAUGUUAUAUAAAAGAGUAGCUUUGACGGAUUAUGUGACAUUCAAGCAACCCUCGGUGGUGAAUCUAGGUGAUAUUAGAUCAAUCUUAGCAUAUGGAAAAGGCACCUAUCAUUUGAAAGCAGUACUUGAUGAUCACGUUCAGAAUAUAUCAUUACGCAGCGUAUUGGACUUAACAGAAUUGGACGAGAAUCUACUAUCAGUCUAUGCCAUAAAACUUGGAGCUACUGUUAUGUUUGAAGGUAACAAGUGUAAGACAUCUCGUAAUUCCAAACUUCUAGCUGUUGGGGAUAUACAAGGAAAAUUGUAUAAAUUAAGGAUGGGACAUGAACAUGUGAACAUUGCAAACGACGCAUCAAAUUCAAGCUUGCAUUUAUAG